AUGUUGGAAGACGACAAUCGAAUCUACGGCCCCAGCCAGCUGCGUGUCUUCCGGACCCAACUUGUGCUCUCGUUGGCAAUCGGAAUAUCCACAUUUCUUCUUUUCUGCGUGCUUCGCCGAAGGUGGCCUCACAUGUACGCCGUCAGAACUCUCCGCAAGAACCUGAUCCUCCAGAAACUGUUACCCAAUGACUUGUUCAAAUGGGUGGGUGCCGUUUUGGCCAUCACUGAUGAAGAGGUGUUGGAAUACUCGGGCUUGGACGCGUUUGUGGUGUUGGCGUUCUUUAAGAUGGGCAUUCUCACCUUCCUGUUGCUCUCUCUAGCGGGGGUGCUUAUAUUGAGUCCGAUUCGUUACUACUUCACCGGCAACUACGACAAGGAUAACAUUGCGUGGCUGGUGGUCCUCAGCUUCUCAUCCGGUGGCAAACCUCCUUUGGAUGAGGAGUUUCCUCGCUAUUUGUGGGUCUACCCGGUGUUCACCUACUUUUUCUCGGGAAUCGUCUACUGGUCGCUCUUUACCUACACCUCGUUGGUGAUAAGGACCCGCCAGAAGUACUUGGCGUCACAGAACUCCAUUACUGACAGAACCAUCAAGGUUGAUGGAAUUCCGAAAAGACUUAUUCGUAAAAACGACCCGCUUCUUCUCAAACGCUUCAUUGAGGACUUGGGGAUUGGCAGAGUGGUCGACGUCAAGCUUAUCUACGAUUGGCUGCCCCUACAGGAGUUGUUUGACGAGCGCAGCCUUCUUAUUCUGAAGUUGGAAAAGCUCUACUCUCGAUAUUACGGCUUGAAAAUUGACUUGUACAACAAACACAAACUACCUCGUGUUUUGCCGAAAGCAAAUCCCGAUAACCCACCCGAGACUCCCGCAAAGGCCAGGAUCCACUUGCGUAUUGAUGCAUUAGCUGGCGACCUCACGAAGCUUGACCGGAAGAUCCGUACUGUCCAAAAGAAAUUUGAUUUGUCGCUGUCGACCAUUCCCACCGGUAAAGAUUCCGAGUUCAAGCUCCUUCCGUCUGCUUUCAUCACCAUGGACUCGGUUGCCUCGGCUCAAAUGGCGGCGCAGACAGUGCUUGACCCCCGUGUUUAUAAGCUUAUGGUUUCGCUUGCUCCAGCAGCGAAGGAUAUCAACUGGAAAAAUCUUAAGCUUUCCUAUUACGAAAAGCUCUCCAAGUCCUACAUGAUCACCUUUUUCAUUGUGUUGAGUUACUCGGUAAUUUUCUUUCUAGUCACCACGUUAUCUACUUUGCUUGACAUUAAGACCAUUACCAAGGUGUGGCCUGCUUUAGGUCACCUCAUUGCACAAAACAAGUGGUUGAGUACCUUCGUUACGGGUAUCUUGCCACCAUUAUUGUUUUCCUUGAUGAACGUACUGUUCCCCUACUUGUACAAGUAUCUUACCCUCAUGCAAGGAUAUGCACUGUCCAGCGAGAUCGAAUUGUCAACACUCCUGAAGAAUUUCUUCUUCAUUUUUUUCAUAUUGUUUUUGGUCUUCACCAUCACCGGUACCUUGUGGGAUUACUUCACUUCUAUAGGAGACACCACAAAAUUUGCAUCCCAAUUGGCCAGCUCACUCAAGAAGCUCUCUUUGUUUUAUGUGGAUUUAAUCUUGUUGCAGGGCUUGGCAAUGUUUCCAGUGAAGUUGCUUCAAAUCGGAGACUUCGUAAUCUUGAAUGUGAUUGGGAAACUUUUCCUCUUGAAGAACAUUUUUUUGAAAACUCCAAGAGAUUACAGAUUCUUCUAUUACACACCCCCUGUGUUCGAUUUUGGAAUCAACCUCCCCCAGCAUAUUUUAAUCUUUAUCAUUAUCCUCAUUUACCUGGUUGUUUCCACUAAGAUUGUCACUAGCGGACUAGUUUAUUUCAUUUUGGGGUACUUCGUUUACAAGUAUCAACUCAUCUACAGCUUUGUGCACCCACCACAUUCCACGGGUAAGGUUUGGCCAAUGAUUUUCAGACGCCUCAUUUUCGGACUCAUUAUCUUCCAACUCUUCAUGUGUGGAACAUUGGCACUUGAGGGGGCGAUCUUAUUAUCGGUGCUUUGUACUCCAUUGUUUGUGGUGACCUUGAUUGUUGCGUGGAAUUUUGAGAAGUAUUAUCUUCCACUCCACAAUUUCAUUGCCCUUCGAGCCAUUCAAAAUCCUUUUGAUUAUGACAAAGAAUUCAAUGAUGACCUGCUGCUGGUGACAUCUCCGAUUGCGGGCAACGAUUCUGUGAAUGCUAGUGGCGAGUCCUUAUUGCUGCAUGUUAAAUCGAGACCUAUUUUGGAAGAGCGUCAAGAAGAUAACAAUAAUGAGAUCAGCAGUGACACAGAAGAAAGAAAUGAUGUACCCACAGAAAGUUCUAUUCUUUUAGAUGGCGACUUCUCCACAGUCUAUCACGGCGGAAUUAAUAGGCACCGACGUAAGGUUUCAACCGUGGAUGAAGAAAGAGAGCAAUUUACCGAUUACACAUAUCCUAAUUUGGUUGACCCGUUAUUUGGCCCGUGGAUUGGAUUCGAGGGUGACUUCAUAACAAUGGUUGAGUACCGCGAGGACAGCAAUGAACGAGAGGUGAAUGCAGCUGAGUUGGAAAAUGGAGACACUUCUGUGAUUUCACACUCUCAUAAUGGGGAAUUCAUACUCCGCAAGCGCAUUCAAGUCCCCGAAUGGGAAUAA